CUCGUGUACAACAUUCAUGUUUUAGAACAACGUGAGGGUGAGUAAAUGAUGACUGAAUUUUCAUUUUUGGGUGAACUAUAAGUGAUUGUUUUAGGUGAAAGUGAUUUAAUUUAAACUGAGAUAUGAGAAAUUGAUAUUACCCUACAUAUCUGAAGGAGCGUCAGUAUCUAAAUGUUGCACUGUGCUGCCACCUACUGUUGAGAUUUAGUAUUACGGAACAAAAUUCAAAAUCUGUGGUUUGACAUAUAAUAAUAAUGUGGGUGAUAAUAGAAAGUUAUGUGGUUUAAGGUCAAAUGAACUGAUUUAUGAUAAUAACUUAAAAAAAAUAAUAAUAAUAACUUAAAUGACCAAAAUGUCAAAUUAAGCUAUAAUGACCUGACAGUUAAGACUACUAAUACAAUAUUUUAUCAACUGGUUGAAAUUGUUUUAUUACAGUGAAGCUUGGGGAUUAGUUUGCAGUCUGUAGAGUUUAAAGUAAAUGUCUUCAAAUUAAAACAAUUACACGCUAUAAAAUUACAUAAAAAAAUAUAAUGGAAAAAAGUGGAAAUAAAAUUAAAAAGUUACAAGAUGUUUGUAAGGUAAAUGUAUAGGUAUCAAAAAAAAAAAAAAAAAAUAAUGCUGCAUUUUCCCACAUGAUUUCUCAAUAUAUGUAGAUUUCUAUGUAGAUAUUAAAAGUCCAUUUUCUUAAAACGAUCUUCUUAAAAUCUCCACUUCAUUAGCACUUUCCAGCUCUUUCUGUAUUCUGAAAGUUUGUUUGUGUGUUAUUCAAACCUGAGUUCUAUAACAUUUAUUUUUAAAAUGACUCUUUUUUUUGACUGUCAACUGUAUUUUCUUUUUAUGGAGUGAUUAAAUAGAGAUAUCCAAAACUAACAUGUUUGUUCCUAUAUGCAAAUUAGCACUUAGAUUGUUUGCCUAUUUAAACAUUCAGAAAAACAUACAAAAUGAUUGUAUAAAUGUACUGUAAUUAAUCAGCUGAGGAAGUCUGGCGAUAUUUACGUUAUUCACCUGUGGUGCCUUCAAUUUAAACAUUACUAAAAUGUUGUUCAAGUGUUCGUCUUGUUGUUAGGCUGAUUGAUUUGUAUGUUAAAGUGGGCUAUUUUUUUAUUAUUAGCUUUAAGAUAAUAUACAGGUAUGAUUAUAAAUACGCACCAUAUUUCAAUACACACCACUGUAUAUUUUGCAUAAAAUUCCUUUUACAACUUAUUUUACCCUAAAAGGAAGAACAAAUGUCCUGUUUCACCAUCUUUUUGUAAUAGUGCAAUUUUUUAGUAAGCUAAUGGUGAAACUCUAGUGUUUUCAGUUCCAGUUUCCAGUAAUCCGUUUAGUUGCCGAGUGACUGUCUGACAGCUCUGCAUCAGAUUUUUGCAACAUGAGUGGACCUAAAGUAUUCGUUGUCAUAAUCUGGAUAUUGAGAGGUGCUGCCAGCAACACAUGGGAAAUUAAAAUGCCUCAGAAGAUAGAUGUGAUAAGUGGUUUCUGUGUUCAAAUUCCAUGUCAGUUUGAGUUUCCCAACUCAUUCAAAAAGUCCCUAAACAAGUCUGUUGAGGCAAUGUGGAGAAAAACAACCACGACUGGGGCAAAUGUUCUCAGUUCGGAGUUUUCUCUUCUAAAAGGAAACGUGAUUGGCAACAUCUUAAACAAAAAUUGCACCACAGUGUUUCAUAACUUUCCCGCUGAAUUCAGUGACAUAUAUUUCUUCAGACUUCAGGGUCCUGAACCUCUCAUAUACACUUUUACGAAUGGAGUGAACAUCACAGUCCAUAAAGACGUUCCACCGCCUAUCCUGAACCCACAUGUUCAGGUGCUGGAAGUUCUAGAGGGCACCAAGUUGACGUUGACCUGUUCCACUGUGAUCUCAUGUCCCUCAAUACAACCUCUGAUGUACUGGAACCCACAACUAGGAGAACAGCUCACACCAGCCCUACAGGAGGAUGAAUUUGGACAGACACUGUUGGUCUCCUCUCAGAUGUUCAAUGCUACGCCUCUAAAUGACCGCCUUAAAGUCUCCUGCUCUCUUUUGUACUCCCAGGGUGCCAAAAGACCUGUUGAGACCAGCAUUCUCCUCAGAGUGCUUUAUGCUCCCAAAAACACCAUAGCCCUUGUGAGUCCAUCGGGUCCAGUGUCUGAAGGCAGUGUGGUGAUACUGAGCUGUCAUAGUGAUGCCAACCCUGAAGUCAGGCGCUAUGAGUGGUACAAAGACAGUGGAUCUGGGAAGCUAGAAUUGCAGAAUCAAGGACAGACUCUAACAAUUUCAGCCAGAAGUAAUGUUCAGGGUCUGUAUGUCUGCAAGGUCUACAACAACCAUGGGACCGACCAAUCGAGGGCUGUCGCUGUGGACGUAAAUAGUUGCCAGUGCUCCAUUGCACUGUACAUUGUAUGUGGACUUCUGACUCUUUUCUUAAUUCUCAUUACUGCAGUGGAUUUGUUCAAAUACAAAAGCCUGUUAAAAAGACUUCAAGGGUUCGAAAGUAUGCCACCCUUGACGUACGCCACCCUUCGCAAGACCAGUGACUCAGUGUACAAUGUAAUACAGACGAGGGGCAGCGGAACUGAAGAGGACUACGAAAACAGAAACUUCAGUAAACAUAAGCCUAUUUCUGAGCCAUGGCCUAGAAGCUAGCUAGAUACAAAAUGCUGUGGUGUUCAUGUUGGAGACGCAGGUUCCAAUCUUGUCUGAGGCUUGUCUCAUGUGGUUUUCUGCACUAUUUGUUUUGUAUCUCUGCUUUUGCAAACAAUUUAAUGGGAAAAGUCCAAAUCAUUAAUCGAAUCAAAAUGACCGAGCAGAUAUCAUCUGAAUUUGAAGGUUAAUUUGUUUAAUUUUAAAUACACAUUCAAAAGUUUGGGGGCUGUUAGACUUUUUUCCCCCCUGAAUGAUAUUACACUUUUUCUCAAUUGCUUGGGCUCAAUUCUCAAAUGAGACUUGAGAAAAUUAGUUUCUUGUUCACAUCAGAUUUGAAUUUCCUCAUUUAAGCUAAUUGCAUGUAUUUUGGCACAGGUGUGCAAAAGAGUAAGUACAACUGUCUACAAUUUGCACAAUAACUACUUAUCAAAACUGAUACUAUCAAAACUCUGCCCUACAAAGGCAAAGUGCAGUAACUACGCAAACACUGAAACUGAGAAAAACGCCUUUAAAGUUUUUACCCCAGCCAGUCAAACAUGUUGCAGGUAGAUUAGUGGUAAUGCAUUCAUGUAAUGCCUUCUUAGGAAGAAUUUUUUUAUAGAUAAAAACCAUGACCACUGAUGUGACCAUUGACCCCCAAAAUGUAGAUACUGCAUUCUGCCUUUGGAUGACCUUAAACAACUAAAACACUAUUGCAAAAGCAAAGUGCAGUAUCUACAAACUAAAUGUGUUCUUCCAACUUUCUUGUUGUGUUUCUUAUUACAUGUUGAUUGUUUUUAAUAACUUUAAUAUUUUUAUUGAUGUUGUGAAUGUUAAAAUUGCUCUGAGAACUGGAGUAAUGAUGCUGAAAAUUCAGCUUUGAUCAGAGGAAUAAAUUACAUUUUACAAUAAAUCCACAUAGAAAACA